AUGGUCACCUCAGCUGCCCCACUGUUGCUCCUGGCCAUGACUCUUCCCUUGCUGGGUUCACCAUCGGUCCCCGCAUCACAGCCUGGAGAAGGUCAGGCUGGAGGGGAAUCUGAGAAGCAAAUGCAACAAGACAAUGGAGCAUCGGGGUCCGUACAGAUCGCUGUCUACGUGUCCCUGGACUUUGUGAACAAGGCCUGGCCACCAGAACUCUCUAGCACCCUGGCUAAGCCCUCUGCUUUGUCUUCCUCAUCCUCAAGAGCGCUCUCAGGCCUCAGCCUCACCACAGAGUGUGAUGCCAAGCAAGAUGGGCAUUUCCACUGUGGUUGUCUCCCUGGGUACCAGUGGAACGCCAACAUCUGCUCCCAUCACUCUCUCUGCCCACACUCCUACAAAGGGCCGCCCUGUGCGUGUCUCAUCUUCAACCACCCUGAGCCUGUCUACUGUCAGCUGCUGCCACCUGGGUUUCAGAAGGAAGAGAGGGCAAGCCCAGCCACCUCCUGUCUCUCCGCAGUCCCUGGGAAGCUGAGCCUGGACUCCACGCUGCCCACGCCUGCCAGCACGCUGCAACUGACUCUGCGUACACACCAAGCUGCCACAGGUCUGCACUGGUCCCUGCAGGCCAUAGGGAGUCCCGUCCCCAUCAACCUGUGGCCAGGGACACAGGUGUCCCUGGAUGCUUCGAGCCAGGGCCAGGCGGCCCUCAGCAUCUCCAACCUCUCCCAGGACUGGGCAGGCGAGUACACGUGCCACUUCGAGGCCCAGGGAUUCUGGUGGGAGCUGCACCAGGAGGUGAGGGUGCCCUUGCAGGAGGCAGACGUGGCACUGCUUCCAGACAAGCUCUCUGUCUCCUGUGCUGCUUCGUCUGGCUUCCAGCUGAGCUGCUGCUUCCCUGGGACACACCCACCCUACAAGGCUUCCUGGAGCCCUGAUGAGGGCAGCACAGUCUCCUUACUCAACAAGCUGGGCUCCCAGUGCCUGGUGCUGACAGUUCCCAGCUGCCCCCCGGCUGACACCGAGUAUACGUGUGAACUACAGAGCCCAGAACUGGACACCGUCAGGGUCUCCAUCUCUGUCACCCUCAUCCAAGGUGGAGACAACUUCUGCCCUGAGAACUCCUUGGAUAUCAGGUGGAAUGUCACCAAGGCUGGCUUCGUGGCCCAGGCCCCAUGUCCCGUGGACAGAAUCGGGAUGAUAACGAGGUCCUGUGGGCCUGACGGGGCCUGGGGACCCGUUAACAACACCUGCACAGAUGCCAGGCUCCUGGACUUGCUGCGCCGAGCCAGGCUGCUGCAGGCCGGCCAGCACCUGCCUGCUGAGGAGGUGCCCCAGCUCCUGGAAGAGUUUCCAGAGCAGGUGACGAGGGUGAGCUCACCGUCCGACCUGCUGACACUGCUGGACACAAUGACCGUCCUGGCCAAUGUGGUAGAUGAGGCCAACAUAGAGCUUGGCCAGAGUCCUCUGAAGGCUCUUCUCAACACCACAGACAGGAUCCUAGACCUGGGAAACAGCUCCCUGUGGGCCCCAGCGCAAGCCCAGCUGCCUCUGGCAAGCUCCCAUCUCCUGUUGGCUGUGGAGACGCUGGCAAGCCGACUGCGCCCGCAAGACCACCCCUUCUCCUGCACUUUGCCCAGCGUACAGCUGCAGACCCAGCUCCUUGGAGACACGUUAGCUACCAACUACAAUGCCUCCUUCUCCACACAGCCCCCACUGUGGGUCCAGGUUCCCAGACACUCGCUGGUCCCGCUGGUCCACAGCAAAGCCACGGUUAGCAUCACCAGCUUGCUGCUGAAGAAACUGGACCACCUUUUGCCUUCAAACUAUGCACAGGGUCUGGGGGACUCCCUCCGUGUCACUCCCGGCCUGGUUCUCUCUGUCUCCAUCAUGGCUGGUGGCCAAGCCUUCAAAAAGGGGGAGGUCAUUAUGGACUUUGGAAACAGAGAUGGCACCCCUCACUGUGUUUUCUGGGACCAUGGUCUCUUCCAUGGUGAGGGAGGCUGGUCAGAUGAAGGAUGCCAGGCACAGGCAGCCAAGGCCGACUCCACCACCCAGUGUGUCUGUCAGCAUCUCACUGCCUUCUCCAUUCUCAUGUCUCGACACACUGUCCCAAAGAGCCCUGUCCUGGUCCUGCUGACCCAGCUGGGCCUGGGGGCUUCCAUCGCGGCGCUGCUCGUGUGCCUGGCGGUGUACAGGCUGGUGUGGAGAGUCGUGGUGCGGAACAAAGUUGCCUACUUCCGACACGCAGCGCUGCUCAACGUGGUCCUCUGCCUGCUGGCUGCAGACACCUGCUUUCUGGGAUCCCCGCUGCUCCCCCAAGGCCCCCACAGCCCCCUCUGCCUGGCCACGGCUUUCCUCUGCCAUUUCCUCUACCUGGCCACCUUCUUCUGGAUGUUGGCCCAGGCCCUGAUGUUGGCCCACCAGCUGCUCUUUGUCUUCCAUCAGCUGUCCAAACACUGGGUGCUCCCCCUGAUGGUGGCCCUCGGUUAUCUGUGCCCACUGGGGUUUGCAGGCUGCACCCUGGGCCUCUACCUCCCCCAGGGGCAAUACCUGGGGGAGGGGAACUGCUGGCUAGAUGGGAAGAGGGGGGCGCUAUACAUGUUCGCGGGGCCAGUGCUGGUCAUCGUGGGGGUGAAUGGGUUGGUCGUCGCCAUGGCAGUGCUGAAGUUGCUGAGGCCGUCACUGUCUGAGGGGCCUCAGGUGGAGAAGCGCCAGGCCCUCGUGGGGGUGAUCAAAGCCCUGCUCGUUCUCACCCCCAUCUACGGCCUCACCUGGGGGUUCGGCCUGGCCACGCUGAUAGACGAAGUCUCUGAAGUCUCUCACUACAUCUUCAUCGUCCUCAACACCUCCCAGGGUGUCUUCAUCUUACUGUUUGGCUGUCUCAUGGACAAGAAGGUACAGGAAGCUUUGCGCAAACGUUUCUGCCGCACCCUGCCCUCCAGCUCCACCAUCUCCUUGGCCACAAAUGAAACCUCCAUGUUGGAACAGAGCAAAGAAGAAGUAAAGAUGUCAGAUACAAAGCAAGUCUGA